UUUACUUUUUCUGCUUCUCUUUGUUCUCUUUGUAUUUAGAACUUCAUGUGACUAUCUUGUUCCAAACUGUAGGCGACUGGUUUCAUUCGAACCCAAAUCGUGAAAGCGUGUGUAUGAUCCUAGAGAUACGACAUAUAUUCGUACUUUCUGCUAUUUGUUUGAAGAGAAGGAAACAAAGGAAAUAGAAGAUACUAAACUGCUCUCGGAUUAUAUCCCCUUUUAGUUCUAUAAUAAAGAAGCAUCAUUAUAUUGUAUAAGAUGGGGUGGAUGUUACAAAAUAUUAACAAAAAAGAAUCAAUAAUACUUGGCUUACUUGGUGUAUCUCUAACAACUGUUGGUGCAACUUUGCUAUAUGAGUUAUAUAGAAAGGAUAAUUAUAAAUUAUGUGGUUGGAAACGUAAAUCAGCAUCUCAAAUUGUUUCGAUAAAAUUCAAAGUGCCUAAUUCGACUGUAGCUGCUGUCAUCGGCAAAGGCGGUUAUACAAUCCGAGAAAUAGAAAUGAAAACUGGUGCAACUAUUAAAAUUAAACGAUGCAACAAUCCUGUAAAAAACAAUUCUUCAGAUCGAAUUUGCAUUAUAUCAGGUUCUGCAGAAGGUGUUAAAUUAGCAAAAACUAUUGUUCAAAACAUAAUAGACAAUGUACCUGUUAUCGAUAGCUAUGAAUUUUACGUGCCAUAUAGAACUGUGAAACACAUCUUAGGAAAAGGUAGACGAAAUUUAUUGAAAAUUCAAGAAGCUUCGAAUGCAAAAGUUAUCAUCGACGACAGUGAUUUGGAUUACAGGUCCUUUUCUAAUCCUGCAAAUUAUUCAUAUGGUGAUCCCUCUAAAGAUGGUAAAAAAAGAAUAAUAGUACACGGGACUGUUGAGCAAAUAGAGGUGGCUGUUAAACUCAUAGGAGAGAAGGUUGAACUGGAAGAUGGAGUUGACGCUAUGCUGCAAGAUUUUUGUCCCAUUAGAGUACCUGGAGCUUAUUCAAAACUUUUGACUGACGAAUUACCCGAUGACCCUAAACUUUCAAGGAUUAUACUGUCACCAUUACCAGCAGAUGAUGCAAUGGAAGUGUACAUAAGUGCGAUAAAAUCACCAAAUCAAUUCUGGAUUCAAAUACUUGGCCCUGGAAUUAUCUAUUUAGAAUCUUUGGCAAGCCAAAUGGCAAUGUAUUACGACGACGAAGAUAAUCACUCAAUGCACAUUUUGAAAGAGGUAACUAUAGGCAAGAUAGUAGCAGCUAAAGACAAGCGUUAUAAUCAAUGGUAUCGAGGGGAAAUAACAAAAAUUCUAAAAAACUUUCAAUAUGAAGUAUUUCUGUUGGAUUAUGGAGAUGUUAUAGAAUGUUCUAAAGAGGAUAUAUUAGAACUUCGUACCGACAUGCUAGGUUUACGUCUGCAAGCCGUGGAAUGUACGCUAGCAAAUGUUAAGCCCAAAGAAGACAAGUGGACUCAACUGGCUUGCGAAGAGUUCGCAUCAUAUACUUGGCUAGGGCAGUCGAAAGUCAUCGACGCUACAGUUAAAGGCUAUAUACAACGUCCCGUCGAUCACGAAGGACCUCAACGUGAAAAUUCGGUGAUUUUAUGUGUCGAACUAUACGACAGAUAUGAGAAACUUCAAGUCGGCGAACAUCUGACAAAGACCGGUCAUGCUGAUUUUAAGGAAGAUGUUCACUCGGAAAUGACUGAUAUCGUGACGAGUGUAAUGAAGCGUCAAUUCUUGUCGGUUCGACUUCUGAGUAAAGUCAAGUGCUUGACUACACAUGCACAAGAAGGCGAGAUGAACAAGGAUAAGUCGGUACUUCCAAAUAUAUUUGGCUCAACAGGAUCAAAGCCAUCAAAAUCAUUAAAAACGUCAGAACCAUUAAAGUCACUAGAGCCAACAAAGUUAUCAAACCCAUUAAAAAAAUCACCGCCACCAGAAUCAUCACAGUUAUCAGAAACAUUAAAAUCAUCAGAAUCAUUAGAAUCAUCAGAGCCAUCGGUAUCAUCAAAUUCGUCAUAGUCAAAGUGUUCAGGAAUCCGACCAGCAAUUCGAUCAUCUGGUUAAAGUAACUGAUCGGCGAAGAGAUAAUGUCACACUGACAUCGUACUGAGUAAAGUGGAAUAAAAGUUUGAUGCAAAUGAGGAUGAUACAGAAUCUGAUUUCGAACCAAAAUCAUCUGAUUUCAAAAUAGAAUAUUUUCCUGUUCAUAAUAAAGACGAGUUAAACGA